UGUUGGCUCAAGCGCUGAACGUUAGGAGACAGCGCAGGAAGAUAUGCCGGAGGACGACAAAAGCAAUGCCGGCGUCGGGUUGAUUUAUCCACCACCCGAUAUCCGUGGUGUCAUUGACAAGACAGCUCAGUUCGUGGCCAAAUGUGGAGAGGGGUUCGAGCAACGUGUGUUGAGAGAACAGAAUCACACCAAGUUCGCCUUCUUGUUGCCCAACAAUCCCUACAGGCCAUACUAUGAGCACAAAGUGAGAGAGUUCAAGACCGGUGUGGUAGAGGAAACGAAGCCAGAAGUGCCCCAGGCCAUCAUAGAUCAAAAGGCCAAAGAGGAUGAGAAAAAGAAGAAGAAGGAGCAGUUGAAAGCUCUGACCAUGGGAGAAAAGAAGAAGAAGUUGGUGAAGCCUCCACCCCCAGAUCAGUAUGUGGUGAAUCACCCCUACAUUGCGCCCAUGGACACAGACAUCAUCAAGCUCACAGCACAGUUUGUAGCGCGCAAUGGGCAGAAGUUCCUGAUUGGUUUGACCCAGCGUGAAAGUCGAAAUCCUCAGUUUGACUUUCUGAAGCCAACCCAUGCGCUCUUUGGAUACUUCACCUCUCUAGUGGAUGCCUACACCAAGUGUCUCAUGCCCAACAAGGACGAGGUCGAGAAGCUCAAGAAGUGCAUCAGCAACUACCAGGAGGUGAUGGACAAGGCCAUGGCUCGCUUCCAAUGGGAUGAACAAGAGGAGGCCAACAGGGUUUCCCGGGAGGAGGAGAUGAAGGAGGAGAAGGAACAGAUGGCACAGAUUGAUUGGCAUGACUUUGUGAUCGUGGAGACCAUUGAGUUCACUGCAGAAGAUGACACUCUUCAGUUGGCAGCACCCAUUGAUCCUGCCACCCAUGCUCCAAAGGGAGCACCUGCGCCUUUGGAGCAAGCAGGCACCAUGUUUGCAGAGGCCAAGAUUGAAAAGCCCAAGGGCGUGGAGGAAGAAGUUCGAGAGUCCGAGUCCAUAGCAGUGGAUUUGGAGAAGGAAGAGCGUGAAAAGCGAGAGCGCGAGCUCGCCGAACAGCGAGAGCGUGAGGAGAGGGAGAGGGAAGAACGUGAAAAAGAAGAGAGGGAGAGGCAGGAAAGAGAAGCUGAAGAGAUGGUGGAGGAAGAGCCUUUGGACAUGGAGCCAGAGAUUCCUUUGCCCAUGCAGGAACCAGAGAUGAAGGUCCGAAAGGACUAUGUGAGACAGAAGAAGGGCAGCGCGCAACGAUUGAUGCAGCGAUGUCCCAUCACCGGUCAGCUGAUUGCAGCGGAAGAAAUGUCCAACCACUUGAAGGUGUUGCUUUUGGAUCCUAAGUGGAAGCAUCAGAAGGAUGCAUUGGUGGAGCGAGCCAGGAAAGAAUCUGCCUUUGCAGAUGAUGUCGAGGCAAACUUGGCCAGUUUUGUGGCUAAGAGGCCUGAUUUGUUCGGCACAGUUGAGGAGGAGAUUCGAGAGGCCGCUGAGGCCGGUGCGGAGGCAGCUGCACGAGAUGCAGGUGCAGAUGCCGGUCCGGCCCACACAAUGGUGCCGCCCACCGCCUACGAUCCACAGCCGAAGAAGGCUGCCCUGCCUGGCACCGGUGGUGCAGGGGCUGCAGCCCUGCAGGGUCCUGGCAUGCAGGCCCUGCCUGCGGGACAGCAAGGUCCCAUUGCUGGUGUGUCCACCAUCAACGCCAGGCUGCCCCAAGCCUCCUUGGCCAAUCAGGGUGCCAGUGCCAGCGGCGUGAAGCCUCCAGGCAUGGUGGCAGGCACUGGGCCUAUGGCUUUGGCGGAUGACGACGAUGACGAUGAUGAGCCCGCUGCCAAGAAGCCGAGAUUGGAUGAUGGCAGCCUGUUGGCGGAGGAAACUUGGGUGAACAAAUACCCAACUCCGAUUGCCAUCAUCGUUCAGGUGGGCCUUGGUGCUGAUGCUCUUGCCGCCGGCAUCGAACCUGCCAUGCCGAUGGAAGUGUCGGUGCGACAGAAGGUCCAGGAGCUCAAGAGCAAGCUGCAACCCAAGGUGGCGGCUGCUGGAGUCAAUGUGGCAAACAUGAAGUUGAAGGUUCAGAACACAGGUUACAUCCUGAAGAAUGCGCAUUCCUUGGCCUUCUACAACAUUGGUCCUGGCUGCAUCAUCGAGCUCUCCCGAAAGACACGUGGUGGAAAAUAGCACGUGAAGAUAUGAGACGAGAGUGGCACAGGCACAACUCGAAGCGCGAAAA